GUGUGUGUGUGUGUGCGUGGUAAAAUUUGAGACAUGCGCUGCAUACUUUGUACCAUAGUCCUCCUCGUUAUUCCUGUUUUGGGACAGUGGGGUGAAAGUAUCUCAGAUCCAGAAGACGGAGGUGAUGAAUUUUUUCAUGCAGCAGAUCACUACGACUUUGCUAUUUUGUUGUCUGGUACAGAGUCACACUGCUACUGGCACUUUGCUCGUCAGAAUGGCCGCUUUUACCUGACUUAUAUGGUUCAGUGGGUGUCAAGGAUGACUUCAGACAGACUCGUGGCAGCCUCUAUUAUCUCUCCCAAAGGCAUCCCUCUUUCCUACACUGAUAACACUAUGGGCCAGAUGAACCUUCAUGUAAAGGAGACAGGUUUUUACCAGAUGUGUUUUGCCAACUAUCACAACCAUUUUGGUGAAAUGCGAGUAUUCCUGAACUUUGGGGUUUUCUAUGAAGAGGAAGUCGAGGCCAAAAAGGAGGAUGAAAUGGACAAAGAAGUUCUUAACAGUACUAUUUUCAACAUCAAGGAAAUUUCAACUAAGGUACACAUUCGAAUUCAGCACAUGUGGCGCUUCUAUAAUGUAGCACGUAUGCGCAGAGGGGCUGAUUACCUCCUGCUUCAGUUUAAGUCCUACUAUGUGAACACAUGGUCUGUCCUACAAAGCUUUGUCAUUGUCAUGGCUGGAUAUCUACAGCUUUUCUUUCUCAAGAGGUUCUUCAGAACAGAGGACAGACGAUGUCGUUGCUGAGAGAAAAAAAGAGCUGAAACCACAAAAUUUGUUUCCAUUUUUUGACAGAAAAAAAGGAAGGUAGAAAAAGAGACAAAAUUGUGGUUGGUCAGGAGCAAUGAUUAAACUUUGUGGCACAGUGAUUCAAGCAUGCAGAAGGUUAACAGUUAGUUGGGGUAGAUGGUUUUCAUGUUAAACCAAAUAGUCAAGAUGUGCGAUGUGAUCAAUGAGUAAUUGUUAGAUGGCUACACAGAGCUAGGUUAAAUGUGAUGUGUUUCAAGUCAAUGUCGGAUACUUUAACAAAAAUAAACUUGGAUACUUUGUUAUACAUCA